AUGGAGGACCCAUCAUUUUCUCCGCGCUCGAUUUAUUCUAAUUCAUCUGCCGCUCCCUGCACGCAGGCAGAAAAUGUUGAUACUGAGAAAGUUAGCAAAACUGUACACACAUCGAAUUUCAGAGAAGAAAUUACCCCAAAUUUUCUUGAUUCGAUUCGAGACCCACCCAACUCUCUUUGUACUACAAUAAACAUGAAAGAUGUGACAUCUUCAACGCGUACCCAUGAUGCUGAAAUAGAUAAUUUGAAACCAACAACAGGAUCUGGCCGCGACGACCAUUACCAAAACAACCGGCAGGAUACAGCAGACGGGUGCCUCAAUCCGGUAACCACACAAACAGUCUGUAAAAACCUCGGCGCUCGGUCUGGGACCUCUCAUGUCGAAGGCAGAGCUCUAACCUUGAGUCGCAUGAGUGGGUUGGGUAUGUCUCCGGCAGAAAUGAACACCACAUCUCAAAUCUCCGACUCCUUUGAUGAAGACGAAGAUGAGACAGUGGCUCCGCAAGAACCUACAGAUGAUGCUUCAGAGUGGAAAAGCGAAAGCCAGAGCGUUCCUGUUAAAGAUGCGGUUCCCUCGUCAGAGCAUAGUGAAGGUCACCAUUUACAGGAGAAUUUGAAACCUCGUAAUGCCGAUUUUACCAAAAGGGUUCACGUGCAACCCAGAACCACGCUGAGAUCGUCCCUGGAGUUCCUGGACAGGGAUUUCCUCAGAAGCUUGAGAAACACAGACUUGCUGCACACUGUCAGCACGGACCGACACCGGUUGUUCAAAAGUCUGCAACGAAUGACCAGGCGGAAGGGCUAUCUACCCAUGUUUCAGGUGAAGUCCAGGCAGGCCAUUGAGAUGCUGCCUCAGAUUGUUGUCCUGAAUCAUUGCGCCAAGACCUUCAUCGAGCGAGGUAGUUCGUCGUUUUCUGGGAGUGUCCGCUGUCUACCAGUCUUCUACACCGAGGAUGACCAUGGCUUCAUCACCAGUAUAUACACGGUGAACUGGAUUCCCGAAGGCGUCUACUCCUUAGAAAAGUCUCCCAUAGAAACAAUAACAUCAGGAGAGACCAAUACAAAUACCGACCAACAGGCAUCGUUUGGUAAACUUCUUCAGUACUCUCCCUUCGCCAGUGACCAAGCUUUCACCAAUCAGCAGGCUUACCUGAUCGGGGAUGAAGUGAGCUCAAGGGAAGAAGCUGCACGGACGCUGACUGUAGCUCACGAUGAGGCGGAGGGCGAUGUAGCCAAAUACUUUAUGCUCAUGUGCGGCUGGGUGCCGCCACUUCUGAAUUCAGGAGCCCCUCUACCCACCUCAGAAACGCCGCUUGAAGUCAGCUCUGUGAAAGCUGAAAGUAAAGAAAGAGAUAGCAACAUUAAAAAUAUGACAGAGCUAGCUCAGAAUCGUGCCCGAGAACUCCAUCUCCAUGAACUCGACUCUGUGGCUGAAGGCAGGUAUUCAGAGAAGAACACAAGUAAAAUAACUGAAGAUAAAGAGUCCAGUCUGCCACAAAUAGCAACUGUCCAAGCUGUUGCCACGUCAGAUACUCCUUCUGGUGUGUUCCAAUCUCGAGUGAAUGAAGUCUGUACUCUUCCGGCUAUCUGCUAUGGCGCUGGGCCCAUCACCACAGAGAAAGCUCGACCAACUCUGAUGCUGUGUCUUAGAUGUGGGGUUAGAGUUAAGUGCGCCCACGCACAGACAGAAGACGUGAUUCAAACCAGAGAUAGCUUGCCGUUUGAAAAAUGGCAGACUCAAAGAGCAUGCCCAAUGAAUAUAAAGAUAAAAACGUUACAAGGACGGAAUAGUCCGAGUUGUUGUCGCCAACGCAGUUGCCGUCAUAGCUGGGAGGUUUCUGAAGUAGGUUUGGCGCUUCCUCUCAUUACCGCUGUGACGAGGAGAGCGCAUACAAGAAGGGGUUCCGCUAACGAAAGGAUCUCGCCUCUUUCCAGCAGAUCUAGAAGUCGGUCAAAGCUUUCGCUCAAAAGAGUAACGAAGAGUCAGACUGAAUUCGAAUGUAAGAAAGAAUAUGGCAGCGCAUACUCCGCUCUUUCUCAAGUCAGAUCUCAGCCCGACAUCUACGGGGCACGAUACAACUCUAGGUCUAUUGAUAUACACGCUGAAGCUAUCAUUCACACUGAAGAGAACCCUCAAAAGAACAGGGAGUCUGCAGGAAGAGGAUUCACAGCCACCAGCACAAAGCAAGGUCCUACCAUUAAAACACCAGAAUUCGAUGCAGGCAAAGAAAUCAACGUUCUCGUUGAAAGCGUCAAAUCUGAAUGUCGAGCUGUUGACAACAGAAGAAAAACUCCUACACGGAUCAAUGAUUUAAUUCAAGGACAUGCACAGAAAUCACCAGCAACAGCUAAAACAUUAUCCACAUCUCCUCAUAAUCAAAGAUUGUUGAGUCAGCAGGCAUCUACUUACCCGAGCUCAGUCAAGUAUCUAGUGUCAUUGAGGCAACAAGCCAGUGUCAAACAGAAUCAAAAACUGAAGGAAACCACUCAGCAAGCUGUUCUGACAACAGACAGGGACAAACUUCGAGAGACUGAUCCGUCAGUGGCCGGCUGGACUUGGAAAACUGUUCGAGAAGUUUUAGAUGAAGAGCAAGAGCUCAUGGAGAAAAGAACUUGGUCUCAGGCCGUAAUCCCCCCUCCUUUUCCAGCAGCCAACCCGGCACACUCGGCCCUGAACAAACAGUCGCAGAAACCGACUAGCAGGAGCUUCCAGUCCAGGAAGAAACAUUUGGCUCAGCACAGGCGAAACCUGAGUCAAAUCCACCACUCCUAUGUCUCGCCCUAUUAUGCAAAGAAAGAAGUCAAACGGGCAAGAAGCCGAACACCAGCCUCAGACAGCGGAGACGACCGUUCAUCCAUCAGCCGGAUCACUACCAACAGUGGCUUGAGCAGCUCCAGCAGCGAGAGCAACACUGAAGAAGAAUCCUCCACAGAAGAAUCUGAAUGCGGAUCUCGGUCAUCAGAUUCCGGGUCGGAUUUUUUCACCCGCUAUGCCAACAAGGGCGGCCCAACAAGUGUGGACGACAUAUUCAAACGAACACUGCCGCGACAACGGCUGGACUACAAGCUAGCGCGAAUGAAGGAGGCCAAGGAGAAAGAAGAAAUGGAGCAGUUGGGGUACCUCCGCGGCAAGGAGGGGGCCACACCCCCACCUCAGGGCCACGGAGAUAAUGCUAGAGAGAAGGAUCAUGCAGUCAGCUUCGCGCUUUCUGAGUACGACAUGUGCUCUGAUGCGGAGGAAAUCAGACAGUUAUGGAAGGAAUGCUUUCCCGAAGUCGAUUUCUGGGACAGGAAAAGAAGGAAAAAAUUCAAGAAGACGAAAAUUUUGUCCUGA